AUGACACAAAUUUUAAAAUCAUCACUUGGAGCACAAUCACUUAACUCAAUUCUUAAAAAGUGCAACUCAUUUCCAACAGCUGAUUUCACUAAAAGUGAUAUCAUGGGAACUGAAAAAAGAAUUGUAAGUCUCUCUGAAGUGAUUGAAGAAAAAAAAGUCAUUCAGCCUAAAAAGCAAGUCACUUUCAAAGACUCAGUUGCCAAAAAGCAUGUAAAUUGUGAUAAUAUGUAUAAAGAACCUUUUGUAAAUAGCUACAGCGACGUAUUUCAAGAAGUGAACUCUAAAAUGUCUGCUAUGUUGGGGAGCCAGCGUGAUUUUUUGUAUCAAGCUAUGGAAGGAGAAAAUGCUGGCAAAAAUAGCUCUAGAGGCUUAAAAUGCCAAAUCGUAUCUAAUGAACUUAAGCUGAAAGAAAAAAUUUUUGAGGAACACUUAGGGAGAUUUAAAAUUCAACGAUUAAUAGUAAAUUAA